AUGCACCAUAUUAGUGUAGGGUUGUUGAAAUGGAGGCUCAAUUCAAGAGUCUUGUAUGAUAAAAAGGUGCCUCCUAAUCUUAAAGGUAAGUUCUACAGAGUGACUGGUGCGAAGUAUUGGCCAGUUAAGAACUCCCACAUCCAAAAGUUGAAGGCGGCGAAGAUGAGGAAGUUGCAAUGGAUGUGUGUACUUACUAGGAGGGAUAAAGCUAUAAAUGAUACUAUUCAGGAGAAGGUAAAAGUGGCUUUGGUGGAGGACAAGAUACGAAAUAUAAAAUUGCGACGAUUCGCGCAUAUGAUGAGGAGGAUCACGGAUGCUUCAGUACAAAGGUGUGAGAGUCUGGCUUUAGAUGGUUUUAGGUGGGGUAGACGUAGGACGAAGAAAUAUUAUAUGGAGGUGAUUAGGCAUGACAUAGAGCAGUUACAACUUACGGAGAACAUGACACUUGAUAGAAAGGUGUGGAGGAUGCAGAUUAGGGUAGAGAGUUAG